AUGCACGCCAGUUACAAUCCGUAUGGGGAGUAUCGCGGGAGCCCUGAGCAGCUAGAUUUCAAUGGUCGUUCUGCGAUAUCAAGCACCCCUAGCGCCGCCCUUCCGUUCCAGGCAUUUGCCAAACGGACGGCACCGGUUCGAGGCCAUGCGAAACGAAUAUCACGGAACAUCCCUCGAGAUCGAGCGUCGAAGCUCCUGAUGACCCAUCGCAUCAAACGUCCGUCAAGCGUGUACAGUUUUUCGGAGGAUCGGUUGGAUGAUGAGUAUGAGGAUUUGGAGCCGGGCAAACGUCUUGACCACAGUCGACGAACGAGCUAUCGAUCGUCCAACGCCAGUACACCGCAGCUCCAGCGUGUCAAAUACCCCACGUCCUUGCAACUACGCGUAUAUGAUCUACUUCUUCCUGACACUUCGCCGAGUGUGGGAUCCACCCCAGAAUGGGCGUCACACCGAUCUGGUGAGUCUCUAGUGGAUGUCUCGCACGCCCGCAUGAGUGAAAGAAGCAAUGUUUGGGCUGCAUUGCCUGCAGAACCCUCGUCUCCGCCAACGGUGUCGUAUCCAGAGCUGCCCGGACGUCGUUCGAUACCAUAUAAAGCUCAUCAUCUCCCGUAUCAUUCAUCACCAACCCUUGCGCCACCUCCUUCGCUUUUCAUUCCUCCCGCAGGACAACAGGGGUUCAACGACUCCCUACCAUCCCCUCACUACAUAGCGUCUAGUCCCACUGAGACAUCAUCACUAGGGUCGGUGAACAGGGGACCUAGUGAGAAGGCAAUAGCUGCUCUUGGUAUUCUAGAAGACAAUCCAGCAGAGGCACUGCGGGGUCGACACCGAGCAUUGUUCCGCAACGUACAACCUCGUUCACGGGAUUACUCGCAUUAUAUGCCGGGCCGCAAACCUGCUUCUUCGGGUCGUUCACCUAGUAGUCCGCUCGCGAGAUAUAGCGCGGGGUCCGUCAGUGCACCCGAGAGUCCAGGGAGAUAUAAUCCACCGUUCGGAAACGAUGGGGGCGAGGAUGAGACGGAGGAAGGUGAAGACGAAGGUUCUGAUGAGUACCAUAGACAGCUCGUUGAACAGUAUCGCGACAUAGCAGCCCACCAUCCCGGGAGCACGAGCUACGAAGAGUUUGGCUCCAAUCACGAGGACGACGAUCAUGACGAUGAUGGCCAACAAGUUCGACUGGUACCACCAUCACCCCUCUGGAGCCGGAAGAACAGCAAGGCGCACAGGAUACUUGGUGCUAUAGUAAUAAGAGACGACACACCACCGACUCCGAGCAAGAAAUCCAACGAAAGUGAACCACGUCCUCGCCGACGUCGCCCUCUGUCCGCCGCUCCCCUCAAGAUGGUUCUCCCCCGGCAAGUCAGAAGGAACCAAACCGAAAAAGACCGAUAUGUCCGUUCCCGCUCGCCACCCCCCUCCGGACGACGAGACCGCGAGGAAGGUGGGACAGAUCCCCGCCUUCGAAACGCCGGCUACGCCCCCAAAUCUUAUCGCUCAUCCGCCUACUACACCCGCACAAAACCGCCCACCUCGCAUCCGAAAGGCAAGAAAUCCAAGAAGCAACCCAUCAACGAGCCGCCGCUCCCCCUCCAUCUCCCCUCCAAAGUCGCUGCCGCCCGCCACAACUCCAAAGCCCACCUCGCUAAGAUGGUCCGCAUCAUCGGCGGCGACCACACUGAGCGGAAACCCUCCGACGCCCCCAGCCACUCCAUGUCUAUGUUCUCCGACGCCUCUGCCUCCCAGAGCCUCUCGUGGUACAGCGACGGCGGCCGCACCGACCCGCUCUGGCGCUCCACCGCCCGCCCCGGCGCCGCCGACGACCACAUCCCCUACCCCCAGACCAUGGAGCGCCUCCCGCACCUCCGUUUCCCCUCCGCGACAUCCGCACCUCCCUCGCCCACCAGCGACGUCUCCCCAACCGCCAUGCGCAAGCCCUCUUCCGCCUCGCACGUCCUCCAUAACGUCCUCGGACGCCACCUCUCCAUGUCCUCCUGGUGCAUGUCCAAGCGGCACGGAAGCCCCCAACCCCGCGCGAAGUCCCAGCAACCAACCGCAUUCGACAAACAUUCAGUGCGCCACCACCGCGCGCACCGCGUCCGUAGCACGCCGCACGAGACGGGGAGCGACUCGCUGACGGUCCCCGCGAAACGCGACUCGUUCGUCCACCUGCUCCGGCCAUCGAUGGGGGCGUUGGGCGGCGGGAGAGGGCUGUUUCGGAAUGUGAAUGUGUUUGAGGCGCGGCGGGAGGCGGCGGCGGAGAGGCGGAGGGUGAAGUUGAAGCGGAGUAUACGGGUGGUGGGGAACGUGGAUCCGAAUGCGGUGGAGGUAUUGAAUCGACGGAGAACGCAUGCGGGGGUGGGGGAAAGAAGAGGAGGCGAGGCGCAGGGGGUGGUGAAAGGGGGGAUGUUGAAUGGGUAUGCGGUUCGGAAGGAGAGGUUUGGGGAGAGUGGGUGGUUGUGA